AUGGACAUUAUUUCUCCAUCCGGAAACAGCCCUUUCAUCUCCUCUCUACCCCCUUCAGAGCCUCCUUUUGGAUCUCUGAACUUUAGCAUCGCGUCGCGUAGCUCCAGUUCUCCCAACAAAUUUACCCCGAUCGACUUAACGUCGUUCACCACGGAUUACCACCAGCAACCAUGGCUUCCAUCACCCCCACCUCCACAGCCCUUGGCUUCCAAUCAGAACAACAGCAACAACAACAGCAACAACAACAGUGCACUCGAGGACUUUGUGCUUUAUCCAUCAGCCACACCACACCCGCAGCCCCGCUUGCGUGUGCCUGUGAACACAACCCAUAGACCUUCUGCACUCCAGCCAUUCUUGGCGCAGAAUAACCCCCGACGACACUCUUUCAGUCUGCAGUUGCACCGACAUCUCCAGCAGCAGUUCUCUGGUUCACCUGUCCCAGACCCCAGAGUGACCCAGCUUGCCCGGUCCCCCUCUUAUUGGUCCCGUCCUACGUUCACGCACCACCGUUCUAAUACGGCUUCUGUGCCUUCCGAUUCUCCAAACACCAACCGCCCACCCAUCCCGCUUUUUAACGGUCAAAACCAAAACACGCAAACAUAUCGACGUGUCAUGUCUACUCCCAACUUCAUGGAAGGUAAUUUAUUCAUGUCGCCCUGUGAUAGCGAGUAUAUCGCUAACUUUUUGAAAGCUAACGAGGUUGACCUGUUUGGUCUCCCCUCGGGCGACUUCGCCGCUGGCAUGGAUUCAGCUCUUUCAUUCAACGAUCUCGGCCUGGCCAACUUCUCCCCUGAAGGUCCCCCGGGCACUAUCUCGCCGAGGGAUCUCAUGAUGGAUGCGUCUGUUCCUCCCUCCGGUACUUUCACCGACCUGAGCACUCCCUCAUUCGAGUCGCCCGGCAACUUCAGCCAAAACACCUCGCCCAUGUUCACCGACAUGGAUAUUGCCGGCCACGAAGAAUGGCCCUCUCUUUUCGAUCACUCGUCAGACCCACUUAAUGCCUUCGACCUUGCUACCUUGGAUGUCGCAGCUGCCUUCACUGAACCAAAGAAGCCAGCCAUGUCGACAAUCCCCAUGUCUCCUGUCUCCCCCCGCGCCAAGCGGUCGACGGCAUCCUCGCCUGUUCCCGCCUCCGGUACCGCCAAGCACUCCAGCGUCGCAGGUGUCAAUGCGCGAUCGCGCAAGAACCUGUCGCCUGUUGAGUUCGACCCCAAUGAUCCUAUUGCUGCUAAGCGCGCUCGUAACACCGAAGCGGCCCGCAAGUCGCGUGCCAAGAAGAUGGAGCGCCAGUUCAGCUCCGAGCGCCGCAUCGAGGAUCUCCAGAAGAUCAUCGCCGAACGCGACGCGGAGAUUGCCAAGCUUAAGGCUCAGCUCCAGAUUCAAAACGCCUACCAGUAA